AUGUGGCUUCUCCUCACCUUCUCCAUCCUGCUGACAUCUGCAGGUGAGGUGGGCUGAGGUCGGGAUCUGCGAGAAGAGGAGUGUGCAGCUCACUCCCAACCGUGGCAAGUGGCCCUCUUCCAGAGAGGGCCCUUCAACUGUGGUGCUUCCCUCUUCUCCCCACAGUGGGUGCUGUCUGCAGCCCACUGCCAAACCCACUUCAUGCGCGUGCGCCUGGGCGAGCACAAUCUGCGCAAGCGCGACGGUCCAGAACACUUGCGGACUGUUUCUUUAGUCAUCCCGCAUCCAGGCCCUGAGGCGCGCAAGCGCCACGACGUCGUGUUGAAGCUAGAACGGCCAGCCCGCCUCACCAGGCAAGUGCGCCCCGUGGCGUUACCCACGCGCUGCCUCCGCGCAGGCGAGGCCUGCGUGGUAUCCAGCUGGGGCCUGGUGUUGGACGAUGAGCAUGGGAACAGAGGGAGACCCGAGCCUCAAGUGAGUCUCCCAGAUACGUUGCAUUGUGCCAACAUUAGCAUUAUCUCCACCGAAUCUUGUAACAAGGAGUACCCUGGACGCCUGAGGAACUCAAUGCUGUGUGCAGGUGUGGAGGGCGGAGGCACCGACUCUUGUGAGGGUGAUUCCGGGGGACCCUUGGUCCAUGGGGGGAUCCUGCAAGGCAUUGUGUCCUGGGGUGAUGUCCCCUGCAACACCACCACCAAGCCUGGUGUCUAUACCAAAGUGUGCCGCUAUCUGGAGUGGAUCAGAGAAACCAUGAGAAGGAACUGA